GAGGAUGGACUGAUGGCGUUCCGACGAAACGUACAGGGAGCCCUGAAGGGACAGAGCGAGUGUGCGAUCUGUUACUCGGUCAUCUCGACGGAUAUGCAGACACCGAACAAGCGGUGCGCUACUUGCAAGAACACCUUCCACUCUGUUUGUCUGUUCCGGUGGUUCAAGAGCAGCAACCAGAGCACCUGCCCGCUGUGUCGGAACAACUUUGUUUAUGUAUAAAAGCGUUGUUGGACAGUGGUUUAGUUUAUGUAUAUCAAUGUAUUGCUAGACUUGUGUAGCUAGAUAGAUAAGAGAAUCAACAAUUCAGGGCGACCUCUUAUGUCACCGCUGCGGGGAAAGGUCUCCCCUCACAAAAUUCCCCACGAACACCUCCCACAUUCCUAAGAUAAACACACACCCCUUCUAAAAUGUCCGCCCCUCAAAUCCCCAACCUCAACAGCCUCCGACGCAGAGAAGGUCCAGGUCGCCUCCGAUCUCGCGGCGGCGGGGUUGGCCCCGACGCAUCAUCAGCCUCCAAAGACCGCGUGGUGCAAAACACAGAUAACGACGCCAGUGUGUCGCGGUUGAGCGCAGUGCGAUUGGGAUAUAUCGAGGAUCGGUUUGCGCAGCCAUUGACACCUGCUGGAUUAGAGACAAGGAGGUUUCCUAUUAUCAAUCGAGGAACGUACGUUCGAACGACUGCGAUUGAUCGUCUUGUUUCUCGGUUUGUCGAGUCGCAUACGGAACAGCAUACGAAGAAACAGAUUAUUUCGCUGGGAGCAGGCACAGAUACGCGUGUUUUCCGAUUGUUUUCUUCGACAACACCGCGCUCCGAUGUGAUUUACCAUGAGAUCGACUUCCAAGUCAACACGGCAGCCAAGAUCAAGGCUAUCCGCUCAUCACCCGCUCUACAGGGCGCAUUGAAAAAUGACUCUAGCCCCGGGGUAUCAAACGACAUAAAGAUCUCAGACACAGGAGACGCACUCCAUUCACCCCGCUAUCACAUCCACCCCCUCGACCUACGCUCAUUAUCCAAGUCCACACCAGACCCAAUCCCCACGCUUCAAGAUGUCGACCCAACCCUCCCAACCCUCCUAAUCUCCGAAUGCUGCCUCAUCUACCUCCCCCCCGACCAAGCAGACUCUGUCGUUCACCACUUCACGACCACCAUCUUCCCACCAACCACAUCAUUGGGCCUAAUCAUCUACGAACCCAUCCGUCCCGACGACCCCUUCGGCCGGAUAAUGGUAUCCAACCUCGCGACGCGGGGUAUCCAUCUGCAAACGCUGAAUAAGUACGCUAGUUUGGAUGCGCAGCGGAGGAGGCUAAGAGAGCAGGGGUUCGAGGGGGGCCAGGCGGCUGCUGAUAUUGAUUUUAUAUGGGAGAGCUGGGUGAGUGAGGGGGAGAAGGAGAGGGUUGCGGGUUUGGAGAUGUUGGAUGAGAUUGAGGAGUGGAGGUUGUUGGCGGGGCAUUAUUGUGUUGCUUGGGGGUGGAGGGGGGAUGAUUUUGAUUGUUGGAGGGAUGUUCAAGGACAGAAGUAGCGCUGAGCUGGACUGUAUAUUGACGGAUGUACGGAUGUAUUCCGGACGUGUACUUCGUAGGAUAGAGGCCUUAGCGGAAGUACAAAGGACUAGUCUCGGUAGAAUCGCAUCGGAUACGGCGCAUAGAUCCGCGUUCAAAGUUCGGUGGUCAAUAGAACCCAGACCAUCAAGGAUCCGAAUACCCGGAAUUCUCGAAGGAUUUAAUUGCGAUAAGCCCGCUAAUAUAACCCACUCCUACUACUGGUACCAACUCACGGAACCAUCAAGUUCCUCGCGCUUCACGCGCCGGGCCCGAUCCGCUACUAGUCCUCCAUGCAGCUCCCUUCGCCUUUGCAUUCUCCAAAGC